CGGCCUGCGCAGCCAUGUAGGUACCGUUACCGGAGGGGGACGGCGCCGGAGCGGCCAUGGAGGGCACCGACGACAGUGGCGCCGCAGCCCCCCCGCUGCCGAACCUCACCCCUCGGCACCGGCAGCUCAUCCCCACGCCCUGCGGCCCCCGAGUACGUAAUGCAUCAAAACCUGCUGCCUGCGCGUAUAUCACGAGUAACGGUACGCGACGUGUGAAAGCACAGCGAUCCGGAGCGGUGCUGUAGCCCAGCCCUGCCUCCAGCGUGGUGCAGUUUAUCUGCCUCCGUGAUUUAGGAUGAAUGGAAAAAAAAAAAACAUCUCCCAAAUCCUUCGCACGUUGCUUGGAAGCGUGAACCUUUCUUUACAGCUUUCUAAAACUAAAAAUCUUGAUGCGGGGUAAAACUGGGAAAAAGUUACUUGCUGAACAUCGCAAUGUUUUGAUAAAACCUUGUUCAGAGCUAUCAUUUCCUGUGAAGAUCUACUUCUGUGUCACUAUUUUGUCUCUGCUAAGUGUAAUAGGGCUGACCAUAGAGACACUUGUCCGACAAACUGAGGAAGAUUUCACCAUUUCUCUUAUUCAGUUAAUUGGAGUUGUGUUCUGUGUGUACUAUGUGACUAGAGGAAUCCUGCAGGAGAAUCGCCAGGAGCUCAUCGUCUUUGUUCUUUCCAUCUUGCUAGUGAUGUUUCGUUCUGUUGUCAACUUCACAGUUCUCUCUGCUGAGCAAAAGCCGAAACUCCUGGCCCGCUUCAUUCUGAUCCUCCUGGUUGGCUCCUUUGAUGUGAUCUGUGCCAUCAUCCUCAUUCAGAGUCAAAGCAUGAUGGCCUUUCGAGUGGGUGGUGCUCUAGAAAGCCUGCAGUCACAAUACUUCAUGCUCAACCUCUGUUUUUCCAUGUUGACCUUUGAUCUUCAGGCACAGCUCUGCUUGUGUGUUCUGCUGAUAAGCCUGCAUGAGAUCACCCUUCUACAUAACAUCAUCUCAGCAACAGGGGUUCUUUGGGCCUGCCUGAAGGUGACCAUCAGCAUCAUUGCAAUUUUAAAAGAACUGAAACCUCUAGUGUGGAUUUUUCUGAGUCAGAAUGUUCCUGAAGUAGUUUAUCUCAUCUACCUGCUUUACACGGUGAUAAAGGAGUGGGGCAAAGGGAAUUCUUACACUCUGGAAGCUGCUUUCAUCACCGGCUCUUGCAUUUCUGUUGCAAUAAAAUGUGUUUUGUUUUGGGCGCUGAUUCAUGUCUACCGCAGCUUUGGGCAGGGGCUGCGAGAAAGAAUGUUUUCUUCCUAUGGAAGGAUUGAGUCCUGAGCAUCCCCCUUGUAUUCUAUCUGCAACUCUUACAGAGUGAAAUCAUAGCUGGGGAAGUUCUGAUCAAGUACUUGCAUUCAGGAUGUAAGGUAACGGGCCAGUUUCAGAGGUAGGGGAAGUUGCUCAGAAAGUGUCUACACAUUUCUUGGUUUGUAUUGUGGUAGGGAACUAUAGCAGUACAGCUGGUAACUUAGUUUAAAAAGCAAAGCGCGCUCGGGAAAUUAACAGUAAUCCUCUCAAUUCACUGAGUUUUGCUGACAGGACAAUGCAUCUUUCACUCCUUGUUUUCCUGAUGUUGCUUUGUAACUGCAGGAGGUUCACAACAUGCAUGUGAGUAGAGAACGUUGUUAAUAUAAAUGCUGUUUUUCUGGAUGUACACAAACAUAAUGAAAAUAAUUUGCACACCUCUUUUAUUACUGAGUCUAGAAGCGGACUGCCCUACCAUCAUUUCUCACUCAGAUCUGUUGCUCAUCAGAGGCCAAGCCCCGAAGUUGUUUUGAGGAGAGCUGUGUUCCCUCAUCUCCACUCCGGCUGUGACGGCUUAACCCCAACAGAACGGCUAGGGCGCUUGUUCCUUCUCCGACUUCAGAAUAUUUCUGGUUUUUUUAAAUCCCAGCUCCACGUGGAAACUCCGCAAUGUAAUCUCACGCCUUCCUAUAGCGUAUCUAACCAACGUGCCAUUUCACACACAAGGGUGACUGUUAAAAUAAGCUUUUAAUACUGUCAUUUAAAAGUUUGGUAUUUUAUUGAUCGGAACCUUUAGCUACUGGCUGUCUAUUUUUUAAUAAAGUAUAAACACAG